AUGGCGGGCUCGACCACAGUGCUCGACCAUGGGGCGGUCGCCCAGUCAGGGGCGCUGGGUGGACGACGUGAUGGCUCCAAGGUACCGAAGCGGCCGCUGCCACACAUCGACGACAUCAUCUCCGUCUCCAUCGACAUCGACGAGCAGGCGCCCAUUGAGAAGAUCAUUCAGACGGCCGAGAUGUAUUUGCGCCAGGCCGAAUCCUCAAAGAACUUCGGCAGGCCCGAUUUUGCAUUGCAAGACUACCUGAGAGCCAGUAUCAUUCUCCUCCGCCUCAUCCAGAGGAACAUGGGCUGGCCGUCGUUGCAGAGGGACAACAAGGCGCAGUACGAUCGCUACCAGCGUCUGUUGCGGCAAGUCGACGCCCUACACAGCGAUUUCGAUGCUAUCAAACAAGAAAUCAAGGCGGACAAUGCCAGAACCGGCGUCCAACCCAUUGUCCGUCGGCCAGCAUCAGCGGGAACUGUGUCCGGAAACGCGAAUGGGCAAGAGGUUGGGAGGUUACGAGAAGACCUGGGCAGACUAAGCGGCCUUUGUGUGGCCGAGGAUGGCGAGGCCCCGGUUCGUCCAUCUCCGUCUCCAUCUAGGACAAAGCCCGUGGUGCACCCAAAACCCCAGAAUCUUCAUGGGAAUGCCCUGCAGCCAGGUGCCGCAACCAUCUCGUCUACUAAGGCGCAGGACCUCGUUCAGCGCUUCGCUAAUCUUCGGGUAACCACGGCCAAAACCCAAGAAGAUCCGCGCGCUUCAACAAUACAAGUUAGAUCUCCCAAGCCUCUAGGGACCGAGAAGCCCCCGGAGGCGCCGCUUUCAAGCUUUUCCACCAACGGAGCGCUUUCCGAAAUGCCCAGACUCCCAGCAGCAAUAUAUAAUCCACCGAGGGGAACAGUCUCGAGCGAAGCCGCUGAGCUUCCAUCGAGCGCCCCGCGCGCCAUGUUCACCAGGACAAACUCAACGCCAUCUUUGAAUUCUAGAAAUCCAAAGGCUUCUAUUAAUGGCCCUACCUCGCCUGGCCAGCCCAAUGGACUGACAAACGUCCCUGCCAAACGAACAAAGCUCUCGGUCCCUGACGGCGAUACUAUAUCUGUCGAAGAUCUCCUUCGGUUCAUGCGAGCGGGUACUAAGGAUAUAUCGAUUUUGCUUAUUGACAUAAGAGGCCGGGAGGAAUUCGACGAUGGCCACAUCAUGUCCCAGGCCACCAUCUGCAUCGAGCCCGAGAUCCUUGAAAGGCCGCACAUCUCGGCGAAUCAGAUUGCAGACAGUCUGAUCCUCUCGCCAGCAACAGAACAGCUGCUGUAUGAGAAGCGGCAUGAGUUUGAUCUCAUUGUUUUCUACGAUCAGGAUUCCGAGCGAAUCGUUCGAAAUCCCCAGACCCGACAAGCCAAGGCUGUUUCUGGCCUCUUCAAUGCCCUCAGCCAUUACGACUUCGCUGACAUGUUGGGGCAAAGGCCUGGCCCAAAGCUGCUUCAGGGGGGGUUGGAUGCGUAUACCAGUCUAGUCGGCAAUGCAAGUCUCCAGUCAUCUUCGACCCUUGCUGUCAAAAAAUCUUCGGCAACUCCCAUGACGCGCUCAUUCUUGAAUACUCGGCAGAAGUACAUAACACGACCUAUUCAGGAUGCCGAAGAGGCAAAGCGGUGGGAAGACACCUUUGCAGACGCGAGCGCGAUCUCGCCCGUCCGGACAACAGAGGAUUUUCUGCGCCGUUUUCCCUCGAUUUCGGAGCAUAAGGAAUCCAUGGUCUCCCCAGUCAGCUCUCCAACGAGCAGACCACAAAGCCCUUUUCAAUAUCGCCUCUCGCACGAAGAAAAUCUAUACACGUCUCUACCUCCGCCACCGGCGCGCCCACCACCAGCAGUCCCACGUAGAAGCUAUAGUGGAUUGGCUGAGGCCGAGGACAGCUCGGUCGCGUUGGCAAAGAAAGCAUCAGCAGCCAAAGCCACCGUGGAACAGGUACGAAAGUGCCGCACCGGGCUUCAAAACCCGGGGGUCUUUUGCUUCGCCAAUAGUUCCCUGCAAGCAAUGUUCGCUACACCGGGGUUUUCGCGUGAGAUCUGGUCUGGCGAGUGGAAAAAGACGUACAAGGUGCCCAGGAAACCGGGAGAACAACUCGAUAACCCUCAAUUGCUGGUUAAGAGUUUGGCCAACCUGUUCCAUUGGCUGAACCAAGGGGCUUUUCCGUCGCUGAAGGCCAAGACGUUUAUGGAUUAUAUUCAUUAUAUACAUUCCAAGGCGGCUGACGGCAGACCGAAACCCGAGUCCGAGAUAUUCGGAGGCACCUGCCAACAAGACGCCCAAGAAUUCUACUCGUUCAUCAUGGACAAUAUACAUGACGAAACAAACACCCGCCGCGACAGGAAGCCUCCCAAGGAAGAAAAACCAUACACCCCUAAGAACGGAAGCAUCAUUCAGAAUGCCAUGGACUACUGGCGUGAUUAUUCUAGUGCCAGCGCCUCCAUUGUGGAUAAGUAUUUCCGCGGCCUAGAGGUGUUCAUCUCGCGCUGCCACAACCGCGACUGCCGGCAGGAGAUCCGCCUCUUCCAGCCCUGCGACAUCUGGAUCCUCAACCUCGCGGGGGCCAACGACCCGACGGACCUCGACAGUCUCCUAGCAACCCACCAGACCUUGGAGCACUUUCCCGACCUGGUCUGCGAGACGUGCAACAAGCCGGGCCGCUCGCGAAAAGCAAAGUUUGCGCGCUUCCCCGACCGGCUCGCCUUCUGCCUCAACAGGUUCCAUAACGCGGGCGGCGGCGGGUUCAACGGCAGCAGCAGGACAGGCAAGAUCCACACAAAAGUGCGCUUUCCCAUCCGCGAUCUCGACCUGACGCGCUACUGCGCCGAGCCAGACCCGGAUAUGUCAUCUAGCAAGGACCCGCAUUUUUCGGGGCGCAUCAAGUACGACUGCUACGCCGUGACGGUGCACGAAGGGCCGGGCAUCAACGGCGGGCACUAUUACGCCUAUGUCCAGGACGAGCAGUCGCGGGAUCCGACCGACUGGUUCCGGUGCAACGACGACGUGGUGGAUAGGGUCAAGAUUGGCACCGGCAGCGCCAACGACAUGACGGAGACCAUGUAUCAGGACCGCAACGCGUCGGCCUACAUGGUUUAUUAUCGGCGGCAGGGGACAUGA